AGAUUCCCAAACUCCAACUUGGCAAAAUAAGUGUACUGAAAACCCUAAUUUACUCUCUCUUUCAUAAUUUCCUCUCCCUAUAUGGUUCUCCCUCCCUCUCUCACAAUUCACAUACGCAAUCUCUCACCAAUCCUCCUCUGCCCAACGUCCCAUCUGCUCCUUUCUUUCGUUUGUUCGCUCAUUCGUUAAAAGUCGUUGUCUUGGUUUCAAGUUUCAUGAUGUUUUGUUAUCGACUGAUGGAAUCGGAAGAUGUGUUUCUCUUAUUUUGACGUGAUAAAUGGGUAAUUCAGGCCAACUCUUGUUUGGAUACAUGGAUGUCUUGCUUUACUAUCUUUUCAUUUCUGGGGGCAUACGGAGGAUGCCUAGGACUAGGAGUGUCUUUUUGGGGUUUAAUUUCAGUGGCCAUUUAUGUUCAACUUCGUGAUCUCUACGACAAAAUUCGUAUUGGAAUUCUGUUUGUUAAAUUUUGUAUCUUUAUUUAGUUGAGUUUUUUUUUUUUUCCCUCUCAAGUUUCUGUGCUUUUGGUAAAAAUGGAGGCUAAGAUAAGAGGAAAGUCUCAUAAUUUCUAUGGUCCAGUGGUGUCGGAUUUGAAGGCUGUUGGGAAAAAGAGUUUGGAAUGGGACUUAAAUGACUGGAAAUGGGACGGCGAUCUUUUUUCAGCUACUCCAUUGAAUUCCGUACCAUCAGAUUGUAGGAGUAGGCAGUUGUUCCCUGUUGGACCUGAAAUUCCAGCUAAUGGAGGGUUAUUCAACGGUUCAGCUUCUUGUUCUGAUAAUAAUGACUUGGGAUUAGAGAAAGAAAAGAGAGAAUUGGAGAAGAGAAGGAGGGUCGUUCUUGUUGAAGAUGAAGAUUUUACUGACGAGGCUGCUGGGUCCCUUAAUUUGAAGCUUGGUGGUCAAGCCUAUCCAAUCCUGGAUGAAGAUGCCAAAAGUGGAAAGAAGACAAAAUUUACUGGGACUGCUUCAAAUCGUGCGGUCUGUCAGGUGGAGGAUUGUAGGGCUGACCUCACCAAUGCCAAGGAUUAUCACCGACGGCAUAAGGUUUGCGAUAUGCAUUCCAAGGCCAGUAAAGCACUGGUGGGAAAUGUUAUGCAGAGGUUUUGCCAGCAAUGUAGCAGGUUUCAUGUUCUUCAAGAGUUUGAUGAAGGGAAAAGAAGCUGUCGUCGGCGUUUGGCUGGCCAUAACAAGCGGAGGAGGAAGACACAUCCUGAAAAUGUAGUCAGUGGAGGUUCCUUGAAUGAUGAAAACGGUAGUGGCUACCUAUUGAUAAGUCUACUUAGAAUUCUUUCCAAUUUGCAUUCAAAUAGCUCUGAUCAAACAAAGGAUCAGGAUCUUCUUUCUCAUCUAUUAAGGAACCUGGCCAAUAUUGCUGGUACAACUAGUGGAAGGAGCAUAUCUGGAUUGUUGCAAGAAUCUCAAGGUCGGGUAAAUGCUGGAACUACUUUUGGGGCUCUUGAAAAAGUGCCAGAUAUGAUUACAAAUGGUUCUGAAUCUGCCAGGCCUUCUACUUCAGCUUCUAAGAAAGAUGAUUGCACUAAUUCUCAGGACAUUAUGAGGCCUUUGGGCCAAUGUGGGACUGUACCUGUUUCUGAUUUGGCGCAGAAAAGAAUAUUCAACAAUGAUUUCCAGGGUGAAACUCCACAAGCCAUAUCAUGUUUGCAGUCCACAGCAUUGUUCCCGUUAAGAUGCAACCUUCCAACCAAAGUAAAUGAACCAGCAGAUGUAGUUGGGAGAAUCAAGUACAAUAACAUUGACUUGAAUAAUGUUUAUGAUGGUUCGCAAGACUGUACAGGGAACCUAGAUAUGUCUGUUGCCCCUGUAAAUCCAGUGACAGGGUCUGUCAAUUGCCCUUUAUGGGUACAGUCAGACUUCCAUAAAAAAAGUCCACCACAGAUGAGUGGAAACUCAGAUUCAACGUCUUCCCAGUCACCAUCGAGUUCCAAUGGAGAGGCACAGAGUCGCACGGAUCGAAUUGUUUUUAAACUCUUUGGAAAAGACCCAAAUGAUUUUCCUGUUGCUCUGCGUACACAGAUCCUUGAUUGGUUAUCUCACAGUCCCACUGACAUUGAGAGCUAUAUAAGGCCUGGCUGUAUCAUAUUAACAAUAUAUCUUCGCCUGGGAAAGCCUCAAUGGGAGGAGAUCUGCCUUAAUUUGGGCACCAGUUUGAGUAAGCUUCUUAAUGCAUCUACUGACUCUUUUUGGAGAUCGGGAUGGGUUUAUGCUAGGGUGCGGCAUUGUCUAUCCUUUGUUUACAAUGGUCAAGUUGUUUUAGACACGCCCUUACCUCUAAAGAGCCAUAAAAAUUGCAGGAUCUUAAGCAUCAAACCUGUUGCAGUGUCUUUAUCUGAGGGAACUCAUUUUGUAGUCAAGGGUGUCAACAUUUCUCGACCUACCACUAGGUUGCUGUGUGCUCUAGAAGGAAAAUAUCUGGUCCAGGAAAAUUCUUGUGACUUAAUGGAUGGUGCAGAUGCAAACAAUGAUUAUGAGAAGAUUCAAUGCUUUAGCUUUCCUUGCUCUAUACCAAACAUAACUGGAAGAGGCUUCAUUGAGGUGGAGGAUCACGGCCUUAGCAGCAGCUUCUUUCCAUUUAUAGUUGCUGAGCAAGAAGUGUGUUCGGAGAUCCGUGUGCUGGAGGAAGCAAUUGAGGUCAUUGAGACUGUUGAUGACGUUCGUAAAAAUGCUGAGAGCAUAGAAGCCAAGAAUCAAGCACUAGACUUUAUACAUGAAAUGGGUUGGCUUCUACAUAGAAGUCAGUUGAAGUUUAGGCUAGGUCACUUGGAUCCCAACUCAGAUCUCUUCCCUUUGAAACGGUGCAAGUGGCUUAUAGAAUUCUCAAUCAAUCAUGAUUGGUGUGCUGUGGUGAAGAAACUCCUGGUCAUUCUGUUUGAUGGAACAGUAGAUACGGGGGAACAUUCAUCAAUUGAGCUUGCAUUGUUAGAUAUGAAUCUGCUUCAUCAAGCUGUGCGGAGAAAUUGCAGACCUAUGGUGGAAUUACUACUAAAAUUUGUCCCAGAUAAACAAUUUGGUAGACGAGGACCAGAGCAAAAGCAUGGUGUGGAUGGGGAAAAUAACAACUUCAUAUUUAAGCCUGAUGUUGUUGGGCCAGCUGGGUUGACUCCUCUCCAUGUUGCAGCUAGUAAAGAUGGCUCUGAGAAUGUCUUGGAUGCCUUGACAGAUGAUCCUGGAUCGGUGGGAAUUGAGGCAUGGAGAACAGCUCGUGACAGUACAGGUUUGACACCUAACGAUUAUGCAUGCCUGCGAGGCUACUACUCUUACAUCCAUCUAGUCCAGAGGAAAAUCAAUAAGAAAUCAGAAAAUGGGCAUGUAGUGCUUGAUAUCCCUAAAGCCCUCUUAGAUUGCAACACCAAGCAGAAAGAUGAGCUCAAAUCAUCGAAAAUUGCUGGCUUGGAAAUUGGGAAGAUCAAGAUGAACACGAUGCAGCAGCAUUGCAAGUUAUGCGAACUGAAGCUGGCUUGUGGCCAAACAAGAACUUCAUUGGUGUACAGGCCGGCAAUGCUGUCAAUGGUUGCCAUUGCAGCUGUUUGUGUGUGUGUGGCUCUGCUCUUCAAGAGCUCUCCUGAAGUUCUAUAUGUGUUCCAGCCCUUCAGGUGGGAGUUGCUCAAGUAUGGGUCAAGCUGAGAUGGAUCUGUGUACUAAAUUUCCCAGCACUAGGCUAGGUUGGACCUUUUUUUAUUUUAUUCUUCUUUCAUUUUUCCCAGGAAAAUAACGUAGAAGUCCUGAUGAUGUGUAUAUGCAUUAAAAAUAGUUAAUUUAUAUUAGUAGUAUGGUAGGAAAUAUUAUACUGCUAAGUUGUGUAAUAAAUUUCUUUUAACUUUUUGGUCUCUCAA